AGAGAGAGAGAGAGAGAGAGAGAGAGAGAGAGAGAGAGAGAGAGAGAGAGAGAUAGAGAGAGAGAGAGACCACUGACAUCUGUUCAGAGACAACCUCGAGGUUUCAACUUUUAUACUGAGAUGGAGAAUUUCACAUCCAUGCCCCCAAACAUGAUGACUGCUUUGCAAGUCCCAGUUUGGAAUCAGCAGCCCUGGAUGGAGGACCAGGCUCCUCAAGAAGUUAGGGCGCUGAACGCAAUUUGGGCCAUGGGGAGGGAGAAUUAUUACAGAGAGUACGACGGGCGAAUCCACCCUAACCAAGAGUUGGAAGAGACCAAACAUCAGCUGGCUGACCAAAAACAGCUUCAGGAAAUGUUCAUCAACAGAGGAGAGGAAACUAAGAAAGAGCUGGAGAUGCUGCAGAAGUACAGCACUGCAGACACCCUCAGCGCGUCAAGGAUUGCCACUCUGGUGAGCAACAAGAUCCACCAACAUGAAAUGCAAGAAGAAGAAAGAUCUUAUGAGGAGCUGCAGGUGGCACUGACAACCAGCCAGGAGAAAUCCAACACUGAGCUCCAGGAGGAGAGGAACACGUCCAAGGUUCUCCAAGAGGAGCUGGAUAAGCUCAGAGCUUCUUACCUAGAUUUAAGCCAGUGUUAUGCAGCCAGCCAGAGGAAGCUGACCACUGAGCUCCAGGAGGAGAAUGACAAAAAUAAGGUUCUACAUGAUGAGCUGGAGAAGCUCAGAGCCUCCUACGGAGAGGACAACCAAAAAUACCAGGCUGACAUCCUCACUGCAAGGCAGCCGUGUGUUCAACCACCCGACCCUGUGUUGAAUGAUCAGCGUGGAGAAAUGCAGGAGGACAAGACUGAGGAUGAGCAGGACAAUGAGACCUCCCAGCAGGUGGUGUUCCUCUCCAGUGUUCUCCCUGAUCCUGAGGUGCCUGAGACAGCAAAGACUGCAACAGAGGCUUCAGUCUGGAAGACAGCUCGCCACUUUCUGGGUUUGAGGAGACCUCAGAAGCGGAAGUCAGCAAAGCCCACAUCCUCCAGCAGCACCUGAACGGACUUUACCUCCUGUAACAGAUUUAAGGAAACUGCAUACUGUUUGAGGAUUUUCAUUCUCCAUUUUAUUUCAUUUUUUUAUUUUUAUUUUGUCAUUAUUUCAUUUUAGCAUUUGAGUUUCUAUUAUUAAGUUAAUAAUUGUAUUGUAGUCAUUGCAUCUUUACUUUCUUUUAUUAGUAUUUUAAUCUUUUUUUUCUUCAUCAUUGUUUAUUUGCCUUUGGUUCAGGUAUUGUUUUGAUUGAUGGACUGACUAAAAAAUAUAUAUGUAUAUAUAUAUAUAUAUAUAUAUGUAUAUAUAUAUAAUAAAAUAUUAUAUUUUA